CAGUAUAAAGUUUGCUGUCUCCUUUGUUCGCCCUCGUUGCGCAGUAGUGCAGUCGGCUUUCCGGUCGUGGUCUCCUGCGUGCGGCCUUCGCUCGAGCUGCGCUGUUAGCAACUCCUGGCUGGGGAGCUCGGAGGAGCUUACCACCAUCGACGCCCCUGCCGAAUCACUGGGGUAAAAAAAAAAAAUGGUUGAAGCAGAUCGCCCAGGAAAGCUCUUCAUCGGUGGGCUUAAUACAGAAACAAAUGAGAAAGCCCUCGAAGCGGUGUUUGGCAAAUAUGGAAGGAUCGUGGAGGUACUCUUGAUGAAAGACCGGGAAACCAACAAGUCAAGAGGUUUUGCCUUUGUCACCUUCGAAAGCCCAGCAGAUGCUAAGGAUGCUGCCAGAGACAUGAAUGGCAAGUCCUUGGAUGGAAAAGCCAUCAAGGUGGAACAGGCUACCAAACCAUCAUUUGAAAGUGGCAGACGUGGACCACCCCCGCCUCCACGAAGCAGAGGCCCUCCUAGAGGUCUUCGAGGAGGAAGAGGUGGAAGUGGAGGAACUAGGGGCCCUCCGUCACGAGGAGGGCACAUGGAUGACGGUGGCUACUCCAUGAACUUUAACAUGAGCUCUUCCAGAGGCCCACUGCCAGUCAAACGAGGCCCACCGCCCCGAAGUGGGGGUCCUCCUCCGAAAAGAUCUGCCCCUUCAGGACCAGUCCGCAGCAGCAGUGGAAUGGGAGGAAGAGCUCCUGUAUCACGUGGAAGAGACAGUUACGGCGGCCCGCCUCGAAGGGAACCCCUGCCCUCUCGCAGAGAUGUGUAUUUGUCACCCAGAGAUGAUGGAUACUCCACGAAAGACAGCUAUUCCAGCAGAGAUUACCCAAGUUCCCGUGAUACCCGAGAUUACGCACCCCCACCAAGAGACUAUACUUACCGUGAUUAUGGUCAUUCCAGUUCACGUGACGACUAUCCAUCCAGAGGCUAUAGUGACAGAGAUGGCUAUGGUCGUGAUCGGGACUAUUCAGAUCAUCCGAGCGGAGGCUCCUAUCGAGAUUCCUAUGAGAGCUAUGGUAACUCACGUAGUGCUCCACCUACACGAGGGCCCCCGCCAUCUUAUGGUGGAAGCAGUCGCUAUGAUGAUUACAGCAGCUCACGUGACGGAUAUGGUGGAAGUCGAGACAGUUACUCAAGCAGCCGAAGUGAUCUCUACUCAAGUGGUCGUGAUCGGGUUGGCAGACAAGAAAGAGGGCUUCCUCCUUCUAUGGAAAGGGGGUACCCUCCUCCACGUGAUUCCUACAGCAGUUCAAGCCGCGGAGCACCAAGAGGUGGUGGCCGUGGAGGAAACCGAUCUGAUAGAGGGGGAGGCAGAAGCAGAUACUAGAGACAAACAAAACUUUGGACCAAAAUCCCUGUUCAAAGAAACAAACAAAAUGGAAACUAUUCUGUCAUAACUACCCAAGGACUACUAAAAGGAAAAAUUGUGUUACUUUUUUUUUUAAGUUUCCUGUUAAGUUCCCCUUCCAUAAUUUUUAUGUUCUUGUGAGGAAAAAGUAAAACAUGUUUAAUUUUAUUUGAUUUAAUGACAUUGCUUUUAACAAGCAAAUGUUAAAUGUGUAAGACUUGACUUGUUGUAUUAGUGUUGUAAUUUUCCAAGUAAAAGUUUCCCUUAAAGGCCAAAUCCUAUCUGAUUUUUUUUUCCCCCAGUAAAUGAGGCAAGCAUUUCUUUACGAUCUUCCGCAAACAUCUAGCCACCUAGAUGUCCAUGAUCUCCGUUGAGAGAUCACACCUCCUGCCUGUUCCAACAGGUUAGCUCUCAGAGGGUGGUCGGGGUGUGCUAGCUACUCCUAGGAUUUCAGGAUGUCUUCAAACUGAAAUCUCCAUGUUCUCAGUAUGCAAAACCUGAGAUCAGAUGCCUGUGUAAGGAAAGUACUAUUCACCCAGUGAACCCCCCAAAGCAAAUGGAUAAUGCUGGCCACAUUUUGCCUUUCUGACAUUUCCUUGGGAAUCUGCAAGAACCUCCCCUUCCCCCUCCCCCAGUAAGACCAUUUAAGUGUGUGUUAAACAACUACAGAAUACUAAAUAAAAAGUUUGGCCAAAACCAAC